GCAGCCAGCGCCUUGAAAUCAAACAAUAUGAGCAAGCAGCCUUUCUCUUUCCCUUUGGCACCAAAACCAUUACCAUUGGGCUGUGAGGAAAGAAGCGCCACAACCAAAACAACGGGAUCCACUGGAUCCAAACCGCAUAGGACCUUGUGUCCCCAGGGAAAACUCACCAAAUAAUCUCUAAAUCCAGCCAGCCUUUUCUUUGGGAUGGUUAAUUAUUACGAAGUCCUAGGGCUGCAUCAAAAUGCCUCGCAAGAAGAUAUUAAGAGGGCCUACCGCAAGCUGGCACUGAAAUGGCACCCUGACAAGAAUCCAUACCACAAGGAGGAAGCCGAAAAGAAAUUCAAAGCAGUCGCUGAGGCUUACGAAGUUUUGUCUGACCCUCAGAAACGCGCUCUCUAUGACAGGCCUGUCAAAGAACCAAGGUUUAGAGGAAGAGGCGCUUCUGGGGGCCACUCCCACAGCCCUUUCGAUUUUGACUUUGUAUUCCGCAGUCCCGAUGAGAUCUUCAGGGAGUUUUUUGGAGGAAUGGACAUCUUUGAGCACGACUUCUGGGACAACCACUUUGACGAUGACAGUAACAGGGAGGAGAACAGAAGCGGCUUGCAAGGACCCCUGGGUCUCUUUUCAGGAUUAAGUGCCUUUACUAAUUUUGGAUUCAACUCAUUCGGUCCUGGCUUUCACACUAUGGUCUGCAGGUCCUUUGGAGAUGACAGCAGUGGAACGCACAACUUCAGAUCCGUCUCAACUUCUACCGAAGUGGUCAACGGUCGAAGAGUCACUACACGAAAAAUUGUUGAGAAUGGGCAAGAAAGAGUGGAAAUCGAGGAGGAUGGCCAGCUGAAGUCCAUAAGAGUAAAUGGAAGGGAACAGCUGAAAUGCUAACACCUCUCCUCAUGCCUGUCCCAAAAGCAAUAUCCAGCUGCUUGUACGAUCUUAAAUGGAGUCUUGUUCCGUAAAACCGGAAUCCAACUAAUAAACUCCUUCAUUGAGUUCAA